AUGGUGCAGGCCAUGGAUGCAUUUUCACCACCUACCAACGGGACAUGUGAGACGAAUUCCGACGACAUGGAGGUUGAAAUCCUCGAUUUGACCUCUCCGGUGACCGAAAUGGACGAUCUUGGCUUCAACCCGUUUUCGGCGGGUCGCGACGCCACCUCCACCGUUCCUGCUUCGCCGCCUAUGGUGCGUGAACAUACCAUCUCCCCGGGUCCCAUGGUACCUGUCGGUGUGCCAAACGGCACCUCGAACGGCGCCACGG